GACAAAAGCUAAAAGACUUCCUCUUUAGCUGGUUUGAGGGAUUUGUCUCCCUCUGUAAAGAUUAGGGUCUAUCAAUGGAGCGGUACGGUCGCGCCGGUGAAGAAGGGUCGCGAUCGGAUCCAUCUCUUGAAUGGACCUCUCAUGGAGGUGAAACAGGACUCGAAGCUUCGAUGUGGCGGUUAGGGUUGAGCGGCGGCGGAGGAGGUGGAGGAGGAGAAUCGUACCCGGAGCGACCUGACGAGCCUGAUUGUAUUUAUUACUUGAGAACCGGCGUUUGCGGGUACGGGUCAAGAUGUCGGUUUAAUCACCCACGAGAUCGUGGAGCGGUUAUUGGAGGUGUGAGAGGAGAAGUUGGAGCUUUACCAGAGAGGAUGGGACAUCCGGUUUGUCAGCAUUUUAUGCGGACGGGAACGUGUAAAUUCGGUGCUUCUUGCAAGUAUCAUCAUCCUAGGCAAGGAGGUGGUGGUGGUUCCGUUGCGCCUGUCUCGCUUAGUUAUUUGGGAUAUCCAUUACGCCCGGGAGAGAAAGAGUGCUCUUAUUACUUGAGAACCGGUCAGUGUAAAUUUGGUUUGACUUGUAGAUUCAACCAUCCCGUGCCACUCGCUGUACAGGGUCCACCUCAGCAUCAGCAACAGCCACAGCUACAGCCGCAGCUACAGACUAUUUAUCCGACACUUCAGUCUCAAUCCGUUCCUUCCUCUCAACAAUAUGGGUUAGUUUUGACAAGGCCUUCUCUUUUACCUGGUUCAUAUCUUCCAAGCCCUUACGGUCCUCCAAUGGUUCUGCCUCCGGGAAUGGUUCCAUACUCUGGUUGGAAUCCUUACCAGGCUUCUUUAAGUGCAAUGCCUACGCCUGGAACUCAACCGUCUAUUGGAUCAAGCUCUGUUUAUGGAAUCACGCCGUUAUCUCCUUCAGCGACUGCAUAUACAGGAACAUAUCAAUCAGGCCCGUCUUCAAAUACCUCAAAAGAGUUUCCUCAGCGACCUGAUCAACCCGAGUGCCAAUACUUCAUGAGAACCGGUGACUGUAAAUUCGGAUCCUCUUGCCGAUACCAUCAUCCUGUAGAUGCAGUUCCACCUAAGACUGGCCUUGUCCUCAGCUCCAUUGGCCUCCCACUUCGUCCCGGAGUAGCGCAAUGCACUCACUUUUCUCAACACGGAAUCUGCAAGUUUGGACCGGCGUGUAGGUUUGAUCACUCAAUGAGUUCUUCGCUUAGCUACAGUCCGUCUGCAUCAUCACUAACCGAUAUGCCCGUGGCUCCAUACCCAAUCGGAUCAUCCUCACUCAGCGGCUCAUCAGCUCCAGUAAGCUCAAGCAAUGAACCCACCACAGAGGCUGUGACUGCUGCAGUUUCAACUUCUAUGGUCAGUGGCUUGAGCCGUCCAGAGCCAGCUGAGACGAGUGGUGACUCGGCCAGCGUCAGUGGCAGCAUAGAAGCUAAGACUUCAAGUUAAAAAAAAAAAAAAAGAGAGGAAAAUACCCUCAAUUCUUCAUAAACUAAGCAACAUUAA